ACCGAAGGUUUUGACCUGUAAAAGAAAUUAGAAUGCUUUGGUUCUUAAAAAUAAAACAAAAAACGAGAAGAGGAAAAGUGAAAAACACGCUAGCCAAGUUAACCCGUGCUCCCUCCCGCCGUCAAUGGCAACCACGGCGGUGCUCCGCUCCCUUCUCCGCCGUUCACGAUCAUCUUCACUCCUUUACAUGUCACGUAUCCCCGCUUCUCAUCCUUUCACACCUCAUUCUCCAACUCCAACCUUUCUCGACGCGUUCCACACACGCGCUUUCUCCACUGGUUCUUCCAAUGACGAACUGGAUACUGACUCGUUAGGUCUCGACUCGCCGGUUCACUCCGAGAUUCUGAAAACAAUCGCUGAUAGUGCCGGCAGCGAAGAUAUCCCUGUUUUUCCAGUUCGUGCCGUCAUUUCAUUGCUCGAAUCCUUUCAUGAUCUCACUGGAUUUCCAUGGUGGUUAACUAUAAUUUCGUCUACUUUGGCUCUCAGACUUGUUCUUCUUUGUCCUUUGAUUUUUACGCUUCACAAGCUUAAAAGGAUUUCAGAGUUUGUCCCUAAAUUGCCCCCUCCAUUCCCACCGCCUUUCUCAGGAAAGAGUUAUAUACGUCAGAUGCGGUUCUUUGAAGAGAAGAGAAAAGCAGUUGGAUGCCCUUCAUACGCGUGGCCUCUGUUACCGUUUAUUGUUCAGGUUCCCUGCUUUUUCGUGUGGAUGUUUAGCAUAAGGAGGAUGUCACUGGAUGGUCACCCUGGUUUUGAUUGUGGUGGUGCUUUAUGGUUCCAGAAUUUAACAGAAUUUUCUCACGGUUAUUCAGGGUUCACCUUUCCUUUUCUGAUGGCUGGUCUUCACUAUGUUAUUGUUCAGGUAACCUUUAAGAAACCUAUGAUUGAAGAAACACAGGACAUUUUUGACUUGUUAUCCAAGUACUACAAGCGAUACUUGGACUUUCUAACAUUGCCUAUAGCUUUCAUUGGCUUUUCUAUUCCUCAGGGGAGCCAACUCUAUUGGAUUACCAAUAGUUCGUUAACGCUAGUUCAGCACUUUGCUCUUAGAAAUCCGGCUGCCCUUGCAAAGUUGGGGUUACUGGACAAGAAUCGUCAAAUAGCAGCUUCCAAGGAAACUGAUGCUUCUAAAACACCACCUUUACUGGGGGUACAAGACAAUAGCACAACAGCAGCUACCAAGGAAACUAUUUCUCCUGAAAAGAACCCUCUGGAUUCACCUGAGAAAUGGCAUAAAAUACCUAUAGAGAACAUGUCCUCUGUAGAACUGACCACUCUUGCAGUCCCAUUUCUAAAUAGUAGCGAUAAAGAUAGUGCAAUACCUUUGCUAAAACUAGCACUUGAUAAGGACCCUGAAUACUUGCGAGCUUUGGUUUUAAUGGGACGGGUUCUUUUGCUGAAGCAAAUAAAUGAUGAAGCUAUUCAAUACUUUGAGCGUGCAAUAUCAAAGCUUUCACUUGCUGGCUUCCCAACUGAUCCAGAAGAGUUUGAUUUUUUGAUUCUGUCAUCCCAAUGGGCUGGUAUUGCCUUUGAACGACAGGGAAAGAAGGAUGAAGCGCGUGCACACUUUGAAAGAGUUGCAAAUAUGGAGGAGCCUGAAGAUCCCGCUAGCAAACGCUAUUAUUUUGAUGGUUUGCUGCUGCUUGCCAGCUCUUUACAUGACUCUGGUCAAAAGGCUGAAGCUGCAAAGUAUCUGCGACUUGUUGUUGCUUAUAAUCCUGGUUAUAAGAAAUUUUUGGAACAAUGUGAACAACAUGAAGAUAUUGCUAGUGAUCUUGCUCAAACUAGGAGAGACCUCUGAUUUCAGAUAUGUCACUGAUGUCCAUAUUUAUUGUAUUUUAUGUAUAUCUAAACAAUAAAACUUUACCUCAUUUCAUUUUUGCUUUACAGUUUAUAAUUUAUAUUUUGACGAAUAAUCAGCUUAGAUGUCAGCUGCAUUACACAAUUAGUUAUACAAAAUUGUGUAAAUAUUGAAGUGAUGGCAUAAUUUGAUCCUCCCUUGUCCCCCAAUUAAAAAUAAUCCAUGUC